ACCCAGUCUAGCAAGCGAGACUUCGAGAGUCAUAGUGCUCAUUCCUCGAAACCUCUUCUCCCUCUCCAAUUCAACCUCCGGAAAACCAUGUUCUCUCUUUCUACCUCUGAAAGAAAGAAGAAGAGAUGGGGAUAAUAAGGAGUAGCUUCUCAUUCAUGCCGGGAACCGUGUGCGGGAUUUGCGUGGCUCAGAACUACAAUGUCCCCAACAUCAAGAAGCUCAUCAACACGGGCCUCUUGAUAGCCAAACACAUCGAAGAAAAUUACCGGAAGCCGAAAAAGAGGAGCGACAAGGAAGAUUAGCUGCCACUACCGCUUCUGAAAUGUUCUAGAAGCAUCAGAUGUGAUACUCCAGAGUUGGACUUGAAGGGAAUGUGACUACAAUUUGACAGCUACUUAUUACCAGUACAGGAAAUGCAAAUUUUUUCCUUGAUUAAACUGAAUGUUUGCAAUUCAGUUCACGUCUGCAUCCAGACACAGCCUGGCAGAUCAAACCCUGACGCUUAUCGGUUGAAGAGCACAAUAUUAUCACAUCCAGCUAGGUAGUUAAGCUGGUUAGUGCACGGCCUUAAUGGAAGAGAGACCUGGGCUUGAGGCCUGCUGAUGUUCUGGUUAUGGUCCUGCCUGAACUGAUAUGUAAUCCCAACCAAAAAAGAACAAAAAAAACACAGUAUCGUGACAACAGUGAUGGUAGAACACAGCAUCAUGACAACAGUUUUAACUAUCUUAAUGUUGACUGUUGAAUAAACAGCACCUUAAAAAGGAAAACCUUCAAUAUUUCUG